AGUAAUGAGGUGGCCGUCGUUUAUAGAUUCACUGUACGUUUUCGGUUUUCACAAUUCUCCAUUGUUUUCUGUUUUUAAGAUUUCUUCGAAAAAUUCGAUUUUCUUUGUUCCAAAGAUGGAAAGGUCUGAAUCUCUGUCAUCUCUAACAUACAAAGGCUCAAUUCCUGAAGCCAUUCGUGAAGCUCAAAACCAGAAGAAACUUUUCGUGGUCUAUAUUUCAGGUGAAGAUGAUGAGUCGAAAAACUUGGAUCAUUCAACGUGGACUGAUCUUAAAGUAAAAGAGUCAUUGUCAAAGUAUUGCAUUCUAUUGCAUAUCAGAGGAGGGACCACCGAUGCUGCAAAUUUUUCUGCCAUAUAUCCACAGAAAUCUAUCCCCUGCAUAACAGCAAUUGGAUUUAAUGGUGUACAAGCUUGGCAAAAUGAAGGGUUUGUCAGCGCUGAAGUUCUGGCAUCCAGUCUAGAGAAAGCAUGGUUGAGUCUUCAUAUCCAGGAAACCACAGCAGCAGUACUUGGUGCUGCACUUGCUUCAAAGAAACUUGAGUCAUUUAGCUCUGGAGCUUCUACUGUUAGCCAGUCCGAGCAAGGAAGUUCAAGUGCUUCUGUCCCAUCAACCACAAUGGAUGGGGUUGUCCGGUCCUUUGAGCCUACACCAGCAGUUACUUCUGGGGUGCUAGAGGGAAAAAAUGGUAGUGAAAACACCAUAAAGGAGAAAAUUUCAGAAUUGGUUGACCAGGGUACUUCAGAAUCAUUUAGCACUGACAACUUGACUAAUGUUGUGGAUGAACAAUGUAAUGUUUCUAAUGAAGCAACCAGGACGGUUGGUACUUCUGUUACCUUAAAUCCAGCAGUUCCUGUAUCUGAGGAUACAUCCUCUUAUCCUGGAGAUGAUUGUUUCAUCUCAGUCAAGGGCAUUGAUCAUCAGUCAAGUUUUCCCGGUGGGAGUGCACCAGAGAAAGCCAUGCAACAUGAAAAGGAUAAAUCAAUAGAUGGAAGGCAAGAUGGUGCGUCUGAAAAUACUGCAACCACAAAUGUACCAACUGAUGUUUAUUUAAAUAUCAGAUUACCUGAUGGCAGUAGCCUACAAGAGAAGUUUCCUGUGGGCAACACCCUGAGAAUGAUAAAAGACUAUGUGGAUAGAAACCAAUCAAGUGGCAUGGGAUCUUAUGAUCUUGCCAUUCCUUAUCCUCGCAAGUUAUUUGGUGAUCAAGAUUUGAGUACAUCUUUAUUGGACUUGGGUCUGCUUAACAGACAAGCACUGAUAGUGGUUCCACGUCAGAGAAGCACUGGCUUCCAAGGGCAAAGAUCAUUUGCUGACCAAAGAAAUUCUACACCUUCUGAAGCUACCGCAGGAAGCAAUGGGGGAUAUUUUGCAUACGUUAGAAGCUUUAUGUCCUAUUUCAAUCCUUUUUCUUAUCUUGGUGGUGGUACUGGUACCAGCUCUUCAACUACUGGACCGGAAUCUCAAAGUGGCAUCUGGGAAUACGGUCCAAACCCUACACUGCAAAAUAACUUGGCUGGAGCAAACAGGACAUAUUCACCUAACUCGACAAACAGACACAGUUCGACCGACAGCAGGAACAGACGACCCACAACAUCCCGAUAUGGUAGCAAUAUUCACACACUAAAACACGAUGAGGAUGACAGCCGUUUCUCGGAUAGAAAUCCCUUCUGGAAUGGAAAUUCUACGCAGUAUGGGGGCAAUAGCGACAACAAAUAAUCAAGGUCAGCUAUGUUUUCUACCAAGGUGUUUCAUUCUGGUAGGUUGAAGUCAAAAAUAUGAUUCUUGCUCUUUAUCAGUGGCAUGUUAUCUCUGAUGUUUUAAGUAUCUGGUUCAAUAGAUUGAUUGCUUGUGAGUAAUUUUAAAUUCAUAAUUUGUGCUUA